AUGCGCGCGCCCAAGAGGUGCAAGGCUGAGAUGAGCGUGGCUGAGACGUGCAAGCUCGAGACAUGCAUGCCUGAGAGGUGCAUGGCUGAGAUGUGCAUGGCUGAGAUGCGCACGGCUGAGAUGUGCACGGCUGAGACGUGCAAGCUCAAAACAUGCACGGCUGAGACGUGCAAGCUCAAGACAUGCACGGCUGAGACGUGCACGGCUGAGACGUGCAAACUCAAGACAUGCAUGGCUGAGACAUGCACGGCUGAGACGUGCACGGCUGAGACGUGCAAGCUCAAGACAUGCACGGCUGAGACGUGCAUGGCUGAGACAUGCAAGCUCAAGACAUGCAUGGCUGAGACGUGCACAGCUGAGACGUGCACGGCUGAGACAUACAAGCUCGAGAUGUGCACGGCUGAGAUGAGUGCGGCUGAGAUGAGCGUGGCUGAGACGCGCAAGAUGGAGCCAUGCAUGCAGCUCGAGUGCUGCAUGCCCGAGCGGUACAUGCCCGAGACAUGCCUGCCCGAGCCGUGCACACCGGUGCCUGACACGCCUGUGCUGCGGGAGGAGGCUCAGCAAGCCCAGGGCACCCAGCCGCUGCAGGGCGAGUGUCCGGGGAGAUCCCGGGGCUCAGUCUCCCUCUGUGGAGCAUGGAAGGGGGAGGCCGGAGUGCCCUCUCGCUCCGAGAGCUGGCUGGCACAGCUGCUGGCACUGGUGCGGGUGCUGGCACUGGUGCUGGUGCAGGCGCUGGUGCAGUUGCUGGCACUGGUGCGGGUGCUGGUGCAGCUGCUGGCACUGGUGUGGACGUUGGCACUGCUGUGGGUGCCGGCGCUGGUGCGGAUGUCGGCACUGGCACGGGUGCUGGUGUGGGUGCUGGCGCUGGCGGGCGCUGGCGGGCGGCAGGACGAUGUCUCCCCGUACUUUAAGACGGAGCCGGUGCGGAGCCAGGUCCACCUGGAGGGGAACCGCCUGGUCCUGACGUGCAUGGCGGAGGGCAGCUGGCCCCUCGAGUUCAAGUGGCUGCACAACAGCCAGGAGCUGACCAAGUUCUCCAGGGUGGCUCCUCUCUCCCGCAGGUACAUGAUCACAUCCCUGGACCGCACGCACGCCGGCUUCUACCGCUGCAUCGUCCGCAACCGGAUGGGAGCCCUGCUGCAGCGCCAGACCGAGGUGCAGGUGGCCUACAUGGGGAGCUUCGAGGACAGCGAGACGCAGCAAAGCGUGUCCCACGGGGAGGCGGCCGUCAUCCGUGCGCCCCGCAUCGCCAGCUUCCCCCAGCCCCAGGUCACCUGGUUUCGCGAUGGCCGGAAGAUUUCCCCCAGCAGCCGCAUAGCCAUCACGCUGGAAAACACCCUCGUCAUCCUCUCCACGGUGGCCCCGGAUGCGGGACGUUACUACGUGCAGGCGGUGAACGACAAGAACGGGGACAACAAGACGAGCCAGCCCAUCACGCUGACCGUGGCCAACGUGGGUGGCCCGGCUGAUCCCAUCGCACCCACCAUCAUUGUCCCACCCAGGAACACCAGCGUGGUGGCUGGGACCUCGGAGGUGACCAUGGAGUGCGUGGCCAACGCCAGGCCGCUGAUCAAGCUGCACAUCAUCUGGAAGAAGGACGGGGUGCCCCUCUCCAGCGGCAUCAGCGACUACAGCCGCCGGCUCACCAUCCUCAAUCCCGCGCUGAGCGACAGCGGCUACUACGAGUGUGAAGCCGUGCUCCGCAGCAGCAGCGUGCCCGCCGUGGCUGAGGGUGCCUACCUCUCCGUCCUGGAGCCGCCGCAGUUCGUCAAGGAGCCGGAGAGGCAUAUCACAGCCGAGAUGGAGAAGGUGGUGGCCAUCCCCUGCCAAGCCAAAGGUGUGCCCCCCCCCGAGAUGGCCUGGUACAAGGACGCUGCCCUCAUCCGCCUGGAGAAGCUGUCCCGCUUCCAGCUCCUGGCAGACGGCAGCCUGCAGAUCAGCGGGCUGGUCCCCGACGACACCGGCAUGUUCCAGUGCUUCGCCCGCAAUGCGGCCGGCGAGGUGCAGACCACCACGUACCUGGCCGUGACCAGCAUCGCCCCCAACAUCACCAGGGGUCCCCAGGACAGCACGGUGAUUGACGGCAUGUCCGUAAUCCUCAACUGCGAGACCUCAGGGGCUCCACGCCCGGCCAUCACGUGGCAGAAAGGGGAGCAGAUCCUGGCCAGCGGCUCGGUGCAGCUCCCACGCUUCACCCUGCUGGAGUCGGGCAGCCUGCUCGUCAGCCCUGCGCACCUCGCCGACGCUGGCACCUACACCUGCCUGGCCACCAACUCCCGCGGCGUGGACGAAGCCUCUGCCGACCUGGUCGUCUGGGCAAGGACACGCAUCACCGACCCGCCGCAGGACCAGAGUGUCAUCAAGGGGACCAAGGCCGUCAUGAGCUGCGGGGUCACCCACGACCCCAGCGUGGAUGUCAGGUACAUCUGGGAGAAGGAUGGGGCGCCGCUGAGCCCAGAGAGUGGCCCACGGGUGCGCCUGGAUGAGAUGGGCACCCUCCACAUCUCCCAGACCUGGUCGGGUGACAUUGGCACCUACACCUGCAAGGUGGUCUCGGCCGGGGGAACCGACGCGCGCAGCGCCCACCUCCGUGUCCGGUGAGACCUCCCUCGCCCCCCCAGCCUGCCACCAGGCGUAGGACCCUGGUGCCCUGCAGGUCGGGUCCAACACCCCACCGCCCCCCCUCUCCCCCCCGCAGACGCACCCUGGACCGUGCUGCUGGCCAGUGUGGACCCCGAGUCGACAUCGGUGGCAGUGCGGGGCUUGGUCCCCGCUCGCUCCUACCAGUUCCGCCUCUGUGCCGUGAACGACGUGGGCAGGGGGCAGUUCAGCAAGGACACGGAGAGGGUGUCCCUGCCCGAGGAGCCCCCCUCCGCACCCCCCCAGAACGUCAUCGCCAGCGGCCGCACCAACCAGUCCAUCAUGAUCCAGUGGCAGCCUCCCCCUGAGGGCCACCAGAACGGCAUCCUCAAGGGCUACAUCAUCCGGUACUGCCUGGCCGGGCUGCCCGUGGGCUACCAGUUCAAGAACAUCACCAACGCCGACGUCAACAACCUGCUCCUGGAGGACCUCAUCAUCUGGACCAACUACGAGAUCGAGGUGGCGGCGUACAACAGUGCCGGCCUGGGGGUGUACAGCAUGAAGGUGACCGAGUGGACGCUGCAGGGAGUCCCCACGGUGCCCCCGGGGAAUGUGCAGACCGAGGCCACCAACUCCACCACCAUUCGCUUCACCUGGAACCCCCCCAGCCCCCAGUUCAUCAACGGCAUCAACCAGGGGUACAAGCUCAUUGCCUGGGAGCCGGAGCACGAGGAGGAGGCGACGGUGGUGACGGUGCGGCCCAACUUCCAGGACAGCGUCCACGUGGGCUACGUGGCGGGGCUGCGGAAAUUCGCCGAGUACUUCACCUCGGUGCUGUGCUUCACCACGCCGGGGGACGGCCCACGCAGCCCCCCCCAGCUGGUGCGCACCCACGAGGACGUGCCUGGCCCUGUGGGACACCUCAGCUUCAGUGACAUCCUGGACACGUCCCUGAAGGUCAGCUGGCAGGAGCCACUGGAGAAGAACGGCAUCCUGACAGGCUACCGGAUCUCCUGGGAGGAGUACAACCGCACCAACACGCGGGUGACCCAUUACCUGCCCAACGUCACCCUGGAGUAUCGUGUCACCGGCCUUACCGCCCUCACCACCUACACCAUCGAGGUGGCUGCCAUGACCUCUAAGGGCCAGGGCCAGGUCUCCUCCUCCACCAUCUCCUCGGGGGUGCCUCCAGAGCUCCCUGGUGCCCCCACCAAUCUGGGCAUCUCCAACAUCGGACCCCGCUCCAUCACCCUUCAGUUUCGCCCAGGCUACGAUGGCAAAACCUCCAUCUCCCGCUGGCAGGUGGAGGCACAGGUGGGCCAGAGCGGCGAGGCCGAAGAGUGGGGGCUUGUCCACCAGCUGGCUAGCGAGCCCGACGCCCGCUCCAUGGAGGUGCCCAACCUGAAGCCCUACACCUACUACAGUUUCCGCAUGCGGCAAGUGAACAUUGUGGGCACCAGCCCCCCCAGCCUGCCCUCCCGGAGGAUCCAGACCCUACAGGCACCCCCGGACGCGGCACCCGCCAAUCUCACCCUGCGGACGGCCAGCGAGCCCAGCCUGUGGCUGCGCUGGAUGCCCCUCCUGGAGCAGGAGUACAACGGGAACCCCGACUCGGUGGGCUACAAGAUCCGGUACACGCGCUCGGAUGGACGAGGGCAGCCGGCGGUGCACAUCAUCCACGACCGCGUGGAGCGGGAGUACACCAUCGAGGACCUGGAGGAGUGGACCGAGUACCGAGGUCAGGUCCAAGCCUUCAACGCCAUCGGCUCCCGGCCCCGGCGCCCCCCCGGGGGGGGGGGGGCGGGGAGGGGAGUACACCAUCGAGGACGGAGUGGACCGGGGCCCUGGAGCCACUCGGUGGUGGGACGCACCCGGGAGUCAGUGCCUUCCUCCGGCCCCAGCAACGUGUCGGCGCUGGCCACCACCUCCAGCAGCAUGCUGGUCCGAUGGAGUGACAUCCCUGAGGCAGACUGCAACGGCCUCAUCCUGGGCUACAAGGUGAUGUACAAGGAGAAGGACUCGGACGCGCAUGCCCAGUUCUGGCUGGCAGAGGGCAAUGCCUCCCGCAGCGCCCAGCUGAGCGGGCUGGGCAAGUACACGCUGUACGAGAUCCGCGUGCUGGCCUUCACCAGGAUCGGCGAUGGCGUGCCCAGCCAGCCCCCCAUCCUCGAGCGGACACUGGAUGACGACCGCCUCAACACCACCACGGCCAACGCAGCCGCCGUGGAGGUGCUGGAGCCCAGCGCCCGCCAGUACAUGGCCACCGGCCUCCAGCCCGAGGCCACCUACCUCUUCUGCAUCGCGGCGCAGACCCGCAAGGGCUGGGGCGAGGCGGCUGAAGUCCUUGUGGUGACCACGGAGAAGAGAGACCGCCCGCAGCCCCCCGGGAAGCCACUGGUGCAGCAGGAGGAGGUGCGAGCCCGCAGCGUGCUGCUCUCCUGGGAGCCGGGCAGCGAUGGGCUCUCCCCCGUCCGCUACUACACGGUGCAGACCCGCGAGCUGCCCGAUGGCGAGUGGGUGCUGCACUCCACCUCCAUCAGCCGCAACACCACUGCUUUCGUCGUGGACAGGCUGAAGCCCUUCACCUCCUACAAGUUCCGUGUGAAGGCGACAAACGACAUCGGGGACAGCGAGUACAGCGAAGAGUCGGAGUCGCUCACCACCCUGCAGGCGGUCCCCGAGGAAGCCCCCACCAUCCUCUCCGUCACCCCGCACACCACCACAUCGGUGCUCAUCCGCUGGCAGCCCCCAGCUGAGGACAAGAUCAACGGGAUCCUGCUGGGUUUCCGCCUCCGCUACCGCGAGCUGGUGUACGACAGCCUGCGCGGCUUCACCCUCCGCAGCAUCGGCAGCCCCAGCGCCACGUGGGCCGAGCUCACCUCCAUCUAUGCCGUGCAUAACCUCAGCGAGGUCUCCCUCACCCAGUACGAGCUGGACAACCUGAGCAAGCACCGGCGCUACGAGAUCCGCAUGAGCGUGUACAACGCUGUGGGCGAGGGCCCCCCCAGCCCCCCCCAGGAGGUCUUCGUGGGCGAAGCGGUGCCCACCGGCGCGCCACAGAAUGUGGCGGUAGGCGGCCACACGGCCACCCUUUUGGAUGUACCCUGGGAACCGCCACCCGCUGAGACCCAGAAUGGGGACAUCCAGGGCUACAAGAUCCACUUCUGGGAGGCCCAGCGCCGGAACGAGAGCGCACGGGUGAAGACGCUUUUCCUGCCCGAGAACGGGGUGAAGCUGAAGAACCUGACGGGGUACACCUCGUACUGGGUCAGCGUUGCUGCCUUCAACGCUGCAGGAGACGGACCCCGCAGCAGCCCCGUCAAGGGGCGGACGCAGCAGGCAGCCCCCAGCGCCCCCGGCUCCAUCCGGUUCAGCGAGCUGACCACCACAUCGGUGAACGUGUCCUGGGAGCCACCACCGCUGCCCAAUGGCAUCCUCGAGGGCUACAGGCUGGUCUACGAGCCCUGCAUGCCUGUGGACGGCGUCAGUAAGAUCGUGACAGUGGACGUGAAGGGGAACAGCCCGUUGUGGAUGAAGGUGAAGGACCUGGCCGAGGGCAUGACGUACCGGUUCCGGAUACGGGCCAAAACCUUCGCUUAUGGGCCCGACGUUGAGGCCAACAUCACCACGGGGCCUGGGGAAGGUGCCCCCGGUCCCCCUGGUGAGCCCUUCAUCUCCCGCUACGGCUCAGCGAUCACCAUCCACUGGGCGAGUGGGGACCCCGGCCAAGGGCCCAUCACCAGAUACGUCAUCGAAGCCCGUCCUUCAGACGAGGGGCUCUGGGAUAUCCUCAUCAAAGACAUCCCCAAGGAGGUCACCUCCUACACCUUCAGCAUGGACAUCCUCAAGCAGGGCGUCAGCUACGACUUCCGCGUCAUUGCUGUGAACGACUACGGCUACGGGACCCCCAGCACGCCGUCCCCCUCCGUGUCAGCCCAGAAAGCCAACCCGUUCUACGAGGAGUGGUGGUUCCUCGUGGUCAUCGCCCUGGUGGGGCUCAUCUUCAUCCUCCUGCUCGUCUUCGUGCUCAUCAUCCGUGGGCAGAGCAAGAAGUACGCCAAGAAGUCAGACUCAGGGAACGGCUCCAAGGCAACCGCCCUGAGCCAUGGCGAGAUGGUGAGCCUGGACGAGGGCAGCUUCCCCGCCCUGGAGCUCAACAACCGGCGCCUCUCCGUCAAGAACUCCUUCUGCCGGAAGAAUGGCAUCUACACCCGGUCCCCACCGCGGCCCAGCCCCGGUAGCCUCCACUACUCGGACGAGGAUGUGACCAAGUACAACGACCUGAUCCCCGCCGAGAGCAGCAGCCUGACAGAGAAGCCCUCCGAGGUCUCCGACUCUCAGGGCAGCGACAGCGAGUACGAGGUGGACCCCGGCCACCAGAAAGCCCACUCCUUCGUCAACCACUACAUCAGCGACCCCACCUACUACAACUCAUGGCGGCGUAAGCAGAAGGGCAUCUCGCGGGCGCAGGCGUACAGCUACACCGAGAGCGACUCGGGGGAGCCCGACCACACGCCCCUCUCCAACAGCACCUCCACGCAGCAGGGCAGCCUCUUCCGCCCCAAAGCCAGCAGGACUCCCACACCCCAGACCCCCGGCAACCCCCCCAGUCAGCCUGGUACCCUCUACCGCCCGCCCAGCAGCCUGGCCCCUGGCUCCAGAGCCCCCAUCGCUGGGUUUUCUUCUUUCGUUUGAUAUUUAAACAGAAGCAAAAACAAACAGGAGAAAAAAAUUAUAAAAAAAAAAAAAAGGAAAAAAAAGAAAA